AUGGCAAACUCCCCAUCAUUGACCAUGUCGGCUCCUGGGAGCAACGAACAGGAGAUCAUCUCCAUGAGUACCCCUGGAGAUUCUGCUUAUCGUCUCCUAUCAAAGGAGGUAUUUAACCCAGCUUCCAUUUCCAUUGAAGAUGGCUACAAUGAGAAGUAUCUCGAGCCCGCGAGAGCGACCCUCAAAGAAAUACCACAUCUUAUCUAUAAGGAACUUGAAAUAAUUUUUUUCGAGCAUUCUGCAGCAGAGAUACGGAUGUGUUCAGAUCUCAAGAUUGGAUGGCGUGCAGACCACUGCAUGAAAACGGUCAACACACCACAUCUCUCAAAGCCUAUAGUUGGACCCUAUCAUCUUGACGACUGGUCAAAUAAAGAAGUAAUGGUCUAUUUCGAACAUAGGGCAGUUGACAAUUUUGAUAGUCAAAAGAUCGCCCGGUAUAUAUUCCGAGAGUGGCUACGACUCCACAACGGCCGACCAGUCUUCCAGCGCGGUGGCUUUUUCGGCAAACCCUUACUCUUGCAAGAGAACGGUCCUCAAAAUCUCGAACAGUUGUCAACGUUUCAUGGCGAUCUAUCUCAAUACGUAUCCACUCAUGUAGAGCACUUGGUGGAGUUUAAGCCUGGGAGAAACUGGUGUUCGAGUUAUCCUGGAGAAGAGCCACCUAAGGAUGAAAGCCCAGGCGACAUACGAUCUUGGCGAGAGCAUGGUCACCACAUGUCCCAUCUGUUCCGCGCCCUGUAUCUGGUUGUUGAUAAUCAAUCGUUGCCAGAUACUACAGGCCCAUACUAUGAACCGCCAGGGUUGGAAGGCUAUGACAGGAUUCACAAAUUGGAUCAUCGAGUGGAGAAGCAGUUAAAACCGUGUACAGUUCUUCUCGUCAAAACAGGGGAUGAUGCGCAUCUGUCUUCACCCAUCAAUUUUCUUCCACUGUUCGAGGCAGGGCUAGCAUCCAAUGUGAACCGCGACGACUACAUUGGCGGUCCUGGAGAGGAAGAAACAGCUGUUCGAGUUAGUCUCGACGUCGCGGUUCGCUUUGUAUGGGAUCUGCUACAGAGGGAGAAGGCGUCUUUUGAUGAAUUGGAGAACAAAUACCAAGGGUUGGAAGAGGAACAAGAUCAUCGUUUUCAAGACUGGCUAGAGGAUGUGAUGUCUCAUGCUGAGGAAGUAGGGGCGGAUCAUAACCUCUUUAUGUGGUUUGCUUCCCGCCGUGCUCUUGCGAGAGCAAAUUGCGAGGCUUUUGACGAAAGCCAGGUGUAUCCAGUUUGGGAGCGAUUGAGGACGUGGGAUUUAUAG